ACACACACACACACACACACACACAUUAUCCGUUUAGUCUCACACAGACUAAAAAAAAACUUGUGUUCAUCUCAACACCUCCAAGGAUUUUCUCUGUGGAUCAGUGAAGAAGAAGACAGUUCAAGGAGGAGGACAGCAGGCAACAAAGGAGCAAUAUCAAGAAGAAACUUCUUCAGAUGUGGACUUUAUAAAAGCGCAGACGGACUGAACUGACAACUAAAGACAACAACUGGAGAAACUUUGCCACUUUUGUUGCUUUUACAAAAGGAGGCCCGCAGUGAGCCCACAGUGGAAACUGGCUAUCAGUGACAUCCAGAGGAUCUGCUGCUGGCGCUGUUGCCCUCCCUUCUCUCCUCAGGACUCCCACCCUCCACAGAGACAACUCUUGAUCAUCAGCAUGCCUGCAGCCUGCGCAAUGUGCACCUUGGGAGCCUGACCCACCAUGUGCAGAUGGACGGCACAUCUCUGUCCUCAACCUGUCCUUAGCACCACCACUGUUGCUGCCCCCACCGGGCCCUUUGUCCCCCUGCCCAGCUCGGCUUCUCUUACCCUGAUAUGCCUCACCUUGCUCCUGGUCACCGCUGGCAGUGCCACAGGGGCCUGUCCCCCUUCUCGCACAGGGCAUGAACCCCUUCAGGUCCUGGGGAGUGGCACAAACUGUUCCUGGACACUGGAAAGGCACACUCGCAGUUAUAAUCACUUAGAAGGUGAUGUCAGACUGCGGCGACUUUAUUCUGCCAAUAAGUUCUUUCUCUGCAUUGACAAGACGGGAAAGGUGGAUGGCACCCGGCGGAAAAGCUACGCUGACAGCUUGAUGGAAAUCCGAUCUGUCAGUGUGGGAGUUGUUGCCAUCAAAUCUGUCAGUAACGGGCUGUAUUUAGCUAUGUCCAAGAAAGGUACGCUCUUUGGAUCGGUGAAGUACAGCCCGAGCUGCAAGUUUAAAGAGCGCAUCGAGGAAAACGGCUACAACACGUACGCCUCGCUUCGCUGGAAGCACGGCGGCAGACAGAUGUUUGUUUCGCUGAACGGACGRGGAAAGCCGCGGCGAGGUCACAAGGCCCGACGGAGACACCCYUCCACUCACUUCCUGCCGAUGCUUCCCUCCUAGGCAUCAUAGUCUGAACUUUUACCGGCGCCUACGUGGUUCACCUGACUUCUCAGACUAGUGCUGGUCUAGUUGUGACAACAAUCUUUAUCUUUUUUAUUUAUCCAUCUUCUUGUCACGUAAUUGGACAUUUGUUGAAGUCUGUAAUAUCUUAGAAUUAGAUCAAUGCCUACUUUUAAGUUAUUUUCAGCAUUAAUGAUGGUAAUGUAGUAUAAUGCAGCCCAAAACAGUGAAACUACAUAGCAUUCAUCUGCACUUGUCAGGCUGCAGUAUCUAGUGUGUUUGUAAAUGGCAUCUAAAAAAGGGUUUUUUUGGUGACAAUGUAAAACUGUAAGAGAACAGAGAAGGGACAAAAAGGGUUGGAAGCCAUUAAGGUUUACAGGUUUAUUCUCAAAUGACAAAAUGAAAGGUAAAGUUGAGAUGGCUCCACAGAUAAAAUUUCCACUCAAAGACGAUUCAAAUAAGUGAGAUAAUCAGUUUUCAAAUGGAUUACUUAAUUUUGAGAGUAAAACUGUUUAUUCAACCCUACAUUCAAAAAUAAUCUUGACCAAAUAUCUUUGUUCAUCAAAAGCAAUAUUUAACUGUAAUUAAAAAAAAACCACAGACCUCUUUAGUUACAUUGGAAAAGGUCAAAUAUAACAGUUAAAAUGUGAUAAAUGUUGCAACACGAGAUGAUGUACAAAUGAUGUGUACGUUUUCAUUCAUUGGUCCAGUUUUUAAUAUAAAAUAAGAAAAAAACUUCUAUUCCUAAAACUAAAAAAGGACUUAGAAAGUAAAAACAUUUGGAAACAUACUUGGCAGACKGUCCUGGAUGGGUACACGUGACAACAUUUACACCACACAGACGUUGCUUUCAAACAGAUGUGGAUGAACUCCUCCUCCUUACCUGAUUCUCCAAACUGAGCUUUGUCCGAGUACUGUCUACUGCAGGURAGAUACUGAAAACCUCAAAUAAUUCCACACAAACCAACUUCAAAAACAGGUCUAAAGUAACUUUGUAACCCUGAAAAAAAAAGUCCUGUAUUUUCAGUCGCGUAGGAGAAACUGUCUGAACAAGACACAUGUUCCUAAACCCUGAACGGCACCUUAGAGACUCUGUUCUUUAUGUCUGUGAGAACCCAUCAGAAACUAAACUAAUUACUGAGAUAUUUAGCUGGAUUUCCUCAGAUCUUCUUCGUACGUUUCUGUARCCGUUCGUCCGUCUUCUCCUCAAACUUGGCAACUCCUAGGAAAUAGAUUAGUUGAAAACAUACUGCCUCUCUGUCAAGACAUGCUAACACUAGACAAUACAACUGUUGCUAAUAGAACAUUUAAUAUAUUUAACACUAUCCUUGCUCUUUAAAUGUGUGAAGAUGAUGUGUGCAGUUAUUGUUGACUUUUAUUUUGUUGAACUGUAAAAAAAAUGAGUUGUAUUCAAACUGUAUGGUAUUACUACUGGAUAUUGGUACAUUUGUGAUACAUCUUUAAAGUAUGGCUUUCAGUUAAUGAACCAAUAGGCACGAGUCAUUUGAGUGCCUUCGUCUACGAUGGGCUUGGUAAACCUGAGUAAAAUGUGGAUAUUUCAUGAGUUAGCUUCAAAACASUCUGGGUCAUUUUUAGCCAUCUCAACAUGCUACAGUGUCAGUGUUUCCUGCUAUCACUCUCAUCUGUUUCUGUGUGUGGUAUGGACUGUUUGUAACAUCUUCAUUUGAUCGUGUUGACGUAGCCCCCCUCCUCACCGCGACAGCGGGAGAGGCGUUGACAUCGAAGACCUCCUGUCUGACGACAGGUCGGCGGUUAUGAACUGCACAACAUCGUUUCCACCCAGCGCAGCUCUGCGGUGGCACAGGAGGCCGCUCGGGGCCUUUCAGCAAACAGAAAGAAGAGGCCGGAAUGAAUAAUUGGCUGCUCGGGGUGAAUAAAGGCCAUCCUUUCAGCCUGUAGGCAUGUGAGCCGACUAUGACCGGGCGCAUGUCACACAGCCUACAGUGAGGAAAGUCACGCUGUAGUUCAGCUUCAAAGGUCACAGUGCAACGCAUGAACAUCGUUACGGGGGGCUCUGGUAGUGCUGUUGCCCCCAGAUGUCUUCAUCGGUGUGUUCUUCAACUGGAGGUGUAACUUUCAACAAAUAAAGACUACUUUUACCAAACUGAA